AGAUGCAUGUGGACAGGAACAACUCGGCAGCAGUGUCUGCCUGGAGCCUUCACAAAGGGGAGGGGGGACACUGUGUCUGCCCCUCAAGUGGCGUGAUUACAUUGAGCUCUAUUUGCUACUUUUGGGAUGUUUUGACUGAACAUUAAUGUUGAACAAUGCAUGUCUGAUGCUUGGAGGCUAAUGCGGUGGCAGGAAGCACCUUCGGAUUCGAGGUCAACUUGAACAUUUCCGUUAACGGUACCCGACCUGUCUGAAUCAGCAGAAGAUUCUGCUAUUGCUAAUACGCGACAGUCAAACAUGGGGAACCAGCUAGCUGCUAGCUGCAAUAACACCCUGGCACAGAAACCCCGUCACUAAACAAGGUUCUACUUAAGGCUCCACUCUGGAAGUGCCAUGUAUUCAUGCCGGAGAUGAGAAUGAAACCCAGUCGCAACUUCCUCCUGGGCUUGUGCUCCAUGCUGGCCUUGGGUUUCCUCUACUACUCUUCAGGGAGGAUCAGUUUACGCGGAUGGAGCAACAUAUCAUUGUACGACAGCCAAGGCUUCCUUGUGAAGCUGGAUGGAAGUCUGCCUUUGGAGCUGUUGUACAAAUACGGAAAUCUCAGCGAAGGAGCCUGUAAGCCGGGUUAUGCAGCUGCCAAGAUGUCUGCCAUUUAUCCAAAGUUUGCCAAACUGGAGCCCAUGUUCCUUGAUCCGAAUUACAAGCGGUACGCCAAAAUUGGUGAUUAUUCGCCUCCGUUUGGUGUGAAGUCUCAAGAGAAGAUCAUAGAUAUUCUUCUAUCAGCUACAAAUAACUACGGCCUCGGGGAAGAACUUGACAGUAUGAGCUGUAAGACGUGCAUCAUCAUAGGGAACGGAGGAAUCCUCGCCAACAAGUCUCUGGGACCAAGAAUCGAUGAGGUUGAUGUUGUGGUCAGGUUGAACGAGGCCCCAGUGAAAGGUUUUGAGAAAGACGUCGGCUCCAAGACCACCAUGAGGAUCACCUACCCAGAGGGGGCCAUCCAGAAGACGGAACGCUAUGAGUCACAGUCCCUGUUUGUCCUGUCCGCCUUCAAAGCUCUCGACCUCAGGUGGCUUCGAUACAUGGUCUUCAACCAGAGGCUGAGCUUUCACACCUGCAGAAAGCUCCUGAAAAACUCCUUAUACUUCCAGGAGCAGCUGCAUUCUACAAUUCACUUAGCAGACGCUUUUAUCCAAAGCAACGUACAUCAGAGACGCAGCACUGAUGGGUUCUGGAAGUCGGUGGCCAAGCACGUUCCAAGGGAGCCAAGCGACAUGCGUAUCCUAAACCCCUACUUCAUCCAGGAGGCCUCUUUCAAGCUCAUUGGCCUUCCUCACAACAAUGGACAGAUGGGCAGAGGGAAUAUCCCAACCCUGGGGGCAGUUGCCAUAACGAUGGCUCUUCAUACCUGCGAUGAAGUAGCUGUGGCUGGAUUUGGCUACAACAUGAGCACCCCCCAUGCCCCUCUCCACUACUAUGAGAAGAUCAGGAUGUCAGCCAUUAAAGAGUCCUGGACUCACAACAUAUCUAAAGAGAAAGAGUUCCUGAUGAAGCUGGUGAAGGCUGGAGUUAUCCAGGACUGGACCAACGGGAUCUGUGGUGCAGGGUGCUGAUGAUCUACAAUCAGCUUGAAGGCUCUUGAAUGCAGCAUUGUGCUCACCUCCAGCCGUUCCAGCACCUGAGGAGGGAAACUAAAGGUCGUGUAGUCCCAGCCAUCGGAGCUGUGACACAUGUUGGUCAGUGUUCACACUGUGAUCAAUGAGGCCUGUUGACGAGGAAACACUGGCAUAGCGUGGCACAUUAUCAUAUUGGAAGUAAAUGGCCUAUGCAUUAUAUUGCAGUAUGUAGCGCGUCCUAACCGCAGCCGCAGGUGUGUUGUUUUUUUGUUUUUUUUCUCCGUGUGUGUGCGUGACAUCAGCGUCGGGGAUCGAACUCAGCACCUAAAACAGGCUGGCCUACAUCUGGACAUGCUGUAGACUGGAGAGAGAAGGUGCAGACAAAGAUGUUUGACUGAGCCUGUGCCAAGAAUACCUCUACAAGUGUCCUUCUGCUCAUAUGUUUGAAUGUAAUCUGCAUCAUACUUAAAAGUUAUAAAUAUUGAAAUCGUUAUGUUUUUCUGUUCAGCAAGGUACACACACUAAAUCAGCCGUCCUGGAUCCGUCUCCCACAUCCCAGAGAUUCUGUCUAUCAGUGUAAUAUGACAAUCAUCACAGUUUUAAUUUAGAGGGAGUCAGAGUGAAGCUGGGAACAUAAAGAGCCUCAACAGCAGGGUCAUCACAUUGAUUGGAUGGAUGCAGACGUGUCAUGUUUGUUCAGUGUGGCGCAGAGAAACCUCUGAUUCCUUACAGACCUCCUCAUGUCCUCUGGACGUAGCCAGCUCACAUUUCUCUCUAAAUAUAGGAAGUGAAAAUUUACUUGAAUGUAUAACAUUUUAUAUUCAUUAACACUUGAUUUAAAGUCAUACUAAAUUAAACAUUAAAUGUGUUGCUGACUCAAUGUUCAAGCAGAAAGCUUUUAUUGAUUUGAGGUUUUUUAUUUUUUUAAAGGAGCAGUAUGUAACUCUGUCACUUUUCAAAAGCAUUUCCAAUAUUGAUCCUAGUUUGAGCACGUUUCUGCUCGUGGAGCUUAUUAGAAACAUGCAGAGGCUUUUUAGAUCGGGUACAAUCACUUCUAUCUGAACCACUGUCUUAAAAGCGCCUACCUUCUCUGGUCCAAACAAAUCCAGAGCAUUCAGAACCAGAAUCUAAAGUUAGAAGGAGGACAUACUGGCUGCUGCAUUGUUGUCAGAGAAGCCAGCUCUUCAACAUAGCAUGUUUCCUUAAUGAUCAUAUAGUAAGAUACCUUUAUCAUUUCACUCUCUACACAUCUCACUGAUUGGACCUUUACAUUUUUGAAAACGGUAGACUUCUUUGCUAAAUGUUCUGUAUGAAAAACAACAGGAAGUAAAUCUUAACCUGCAUGUUGUGAUAAGAGUUAAUCAACCGGUCAAGUUAGAGUUAUUUUAUAUGAACGUCUACAUUAUUGUGGAGACAUGACAAAGGUGUAGUGUUGCCAGACUGUGGCCAGGGGACAUGAGGCGGGACCUUACUGAGUCUUUGUUCAUGUGACCCGACAGGUUGGGUCUCACUCUAACUGUUGUGUAGGACGCCCAGUGAGAUGUUCAGGCUCCGGUUAUUUCACAGUAGCAUGCUGUUUAACUGAAAACAUGUCUGCUUUUUUAAAGUGCAUACUGUAAUGCAUUGUGUCCUCAGUUCACUUAGACAUCUCCUCGUUUCUCACUCAUAGAGGCGUGGAGAACAUACAGUAUACAAACACCUGCAGGUCAUGUUUAUGUCUGACACAUGGAGGGUAACGGCAUCAUAUCAGACAGCAGUGUAUUGAAUCUCUCAUGGACCGGCUUGGUGGCAUCAGGGUUUGACUGUCUCCAGAGUCUUUAUAGCCAGGAGACUCAAACAUGCAGACAUUCUCCUCCUGCAUGUGACAAAGACUUUUAAUGUGUUUCUGCAUAUUACUGUGAGCACAUCUUAUACUCAACCUGCAGAUAUUUAUGUGAUGAUCAACUCUCUGAUUUCAUUUCAAAUAAAGAGCAGACGGUCGAUCAAGGUGGCUUCAUCCAAGAUUAUCAAACAAACCCUUUAAACCCCCGGGGUCAGACUUCAUGACAUCAGCCGGAUAAUGUCUCAAAGAAAUAAGACAUUAUUGAUGAGAAUCAGCUUAACUGCCAAUUUCUACAAAGUAGCAAGCGCUGAGGGCCAUCUCCGGAGUGUGCCUGCAGCGCCACUCAACCCUGCUCGCUGUAAGAAUGCGUCAAGCUGGGUAAGUAAGUAAAACGCAACAUACAGACUCCUGAUCGUAUGUUUAGUCACUUUAUCAACAUGACAUCAAAACAGAAAGAACAACAAAUCAUCCUCUGAGAGACAAAGACACAUGUUGUUAGCACCUUUUUCUCUUUAUUCCCGUGUGAUCUUGUAGUUCUCCUGUGAUCUUGUAGUUCUCCUGUGAUCUUGUAGUUCUCCUGAGUUCUUGUAGUUCUCCUGUGAUCUUGUAGUUCUCCUGUGAUCUUGUAGUUCUCCUGUGAUCUUGUAGUUCUCCUGUGAUCUUGUAGUUCUCCUGAGUUCUUGUAGUUCUCCUGAGAUCUUGUAGUUCUCCUGAGAUCUUGUAGUUCUCCUGAGAUCUUGGAGUUCUCCUGAGAUCUCAAAGUUCUCCUGUGAUCUUGUAGUUCUCCUGUGAUCUCGUAGUUCUCCUGAGAUCUCGGAGUUCUCCUGUGAUCUUGUAGUUCUCCUGAGAUCUCGUAGUUCUCCUGAGAUUUCGGAGUUCUCCUGUGAUCUUGUAGUUCUCCUGAGAUGUGUGUUCAGCUGCUCAUGGCUGCGCUCAGGCUCCAGAAUCAGACCCCCUGGGGCAGGGCGUGCGCUGAAGGAACGCAGUGCACACUGAUUGGAAAUUGGCAGUAAGGUAAAUCUAAUUUGAUCCUGUGUUACUUGUUACUGGUAUGCUUUUUCCCUUAUCACGACACAGAGACUAGAUCUUCAGAGUUUCUUUGGCGUCCUCACUCAGUGAAGAAGGAAACUGAGAGAAAGAUGUAAACAAUGGAUCAGAUAAACUUACUAAACAUGCUUAUAUAGUUUCAACAGAUGUUUGUAAGAACAGCAGGAUGAAUGUUUAGGGUUCUGCUCAGUGACGAUGUAUUCUAACAUACAUUUGAUCUGUGAAGAAACUUAAUAUUUGACCUUUGAACCGGCUUACACUGCACAUAGGUAAGUUAAGCCACACUUGAAAAUCGAGGUCCCGUGCUGGUUGGAUCAUAUCGAGUCAUUUGCUGCCUUAUGUGUACUUUUUGAUUUCAUGUGUGUAUGGAAAGUAACCUUCUCUGAAGCUCUUCUUUUAAGUCACUGAUCCUUCUUAUUGUGAUUUGUCUGAAAGCUUCUUCAUGAUUGUUUGUGUCUCAGUCGAACACCAAAGCACCCCUCACUCGCCUCCUUCAGCCCCGUGAAAGGCUGCUAUCUCAGGCCCCCAGACGUCACUCACCGUCAGUGUUAUUCACACAUGAUGGACUCAGCUUUAUCGAUCUAUAUCACAUUAUUUAAGUUUGGUUGUAAAAGUCUGUGAGAGUAUUUUUGUUUUGCUUUAUAUACAAUGACCUGCAUAGUUUGUGCUCGCCUCACUGCAGUGUUUGUUGACUUGAUGCUGGUCAGGUUCUCAUGCCAAAGUAUUUGUAUAUAUUUAUUGUUGGCCUUGCACAGGAGCUCAUUGAUAAAUAAAGACUUAAUGAUGCUGCAA